AUGUUUGGAGGCGAAGCUAUGGCAUUCGAAAACCCACCCAGGUUCGGCUUGCAAUACAUCUUGGCCUCGCGCGGGCUGGAUGGCACCACCCAGCCAUUGCAGCUGCAUAGCGAUUGCAUUGGCAACGGAGAGGACCCCUUGGCCAAGACCUUUCAGCAGAUCUACUCCGGGGCAGCGUCCAACUAUGUACUCUGGAACGACCAGUUCUACGACGACCCAGUGCCGGAUAUCGACCCACCCUGUGUCAAGUACUGCGCCAAACCCUGGGGGCACAGUAAGGGAUUCAUGGCAUGGCAAGAGGACGGCACGGGUUUUGUGGUGCAAGUAACCACACCUGAUUGGCCAGGCUCCGGGGGCAGCCAGUACCCGCGAAAAGAGCAGGGCAACACUUUGGGAUGUUGCGAGGCCUCAGGGGUACAGGAUGACAAUGUCAUGGUGGCUCAGCACUUCUUCGCUUUGCGCCUCAAUUCUGCGAAUGACACCUUAGCAGUUCUGCAGGCCCUGCAUCGGGCCUCCGUGGUGACAGAUACCAAGAACCCUCAGUUGGUGAAGCUGACCUCAGGCCCUAGUGACUUGAAGCAAGCCGCGUCGCAGCUGGGUCAACAAGUGCUGGAUAUCCUGGAGCCGUUCCAAGGGGACAUCAGUGCCAGGAACAAAGCCUCAAAGGUACACUUAAUUGCCAAACCCUCCGGUCUUCAAGUUCCACCCUGGCAUUUGGUGAGCUCGCUGCUGGAGACGCCACUCCGAACGGCCACCUGGUGGACAAAGCCGGCCAUUAACUCCACGCAUGAAGGCUACCACCCAGGCUGCUGGCAUGAAAGCUUGAAACCGUCAACACCUGAGGUGCAGGUGGGUUUGAGCGGCCGAUGGCAGAAUACCACAUUCAGCUUCCUGGGUGUUCCUAAAACGGAUGGCAACCAUGCCAAGCUGGGGCACAGCCUCAGUGGUCGCAAGCUGGCGAUCAUGAGCGACAUGAACCAACAGGGGGCCCUGGAUCCCGACAAUCCCACAGGUUCUUGUGACCUCUCGCAAAAUUCUCGUGGUGGACUUUUUUUCGUGGUGGAGGAUCCAGUGUUUCAUGCGGGGCUUGUGGACUUGAUGACCGGCGAGACAGCUGCUUAUGUGAACGGAAAGUCUGGGCCCGAGCGGCCCGAGCGUGUCGGGCUGUGGCUUGGCUUGGCUCCGCAGGGUGGUGGUGCGGGCAUUCUUUGGACGAACUGCAAGAGGAGUGACUGCAGAUAUGUGAAGAAGGCAGAUAUUGCCCUUUGCAAUGUCACCCAAUGGGGCUGCUACAAUGCGACUCAGCUGCCCCAAGAUUGCCCGCGGCUUGGCAGCCUAUCUGAUGUACGUUCUCGCCAUUAUCUCCUCGCAUCUUCUCGCGUAUCUAUGCGAUUGUAUAUGUAUACAUGCAUGUGUAUGCAUACAUGA